UCAGAUGCUCGUCGCUUACCCCUAGAGUUUUUUUUUCUGUGCUAGCUUCUCCCACCCACCGUACGUUGUUGCACGGACUAGUAGCAAUGCAGCAGCCGUCACCGUCCAGCUGCGCCGGCGCUGACGAUUUUGACUUGGUGUUCCCUUUGGACCUCUGCUUCUUCCCGGAACUCGAUGGCGACGACGAUGGGUUCGCGACCGAGCAUGCGGCGUGUAUGGAUCAGCUGCCGCAGGCGGUGGCGGCGGAGACGCAGGUCGGAGAGGAGAAGCCGGUGAUGGGGUACGACGGGGGGAGGUUCGAGUUCGACUCCGUGCAGCCGCACAAGGUGGAAACCAUCCUGUCGCUGCUACACGGACAGGAACCUGCAGCUCCGGCAGAAAGCGCCAGACCACCGUAUCUCACCUACCUGGUGCCGCCGAUCGUGGUGCCCCCGGACUUCGACAGGCCGGCGGCGCUGACGCGGUACCGGGCGAAGAAGAGGAGGAAGAGCCUCAGGGCCGUGGUGAAGGCGGACUACAGCUGCCGCAGGGAUGUCGCUCUCAGGAUGGAACGCACGAGAGGGAGGUUCGUGCCGUCCGCGAAGAGCCCCGGUAGCGAGCCACUGACGCUGUGCGGCAGCUGCGGGAGGCGCAGCGACGCGACGCCCAAGAUGCGGCGUGGCCCGGGCGGGUCCAGGACGCUCUGCAACGCCUGCGGCUUGAUGUGGGACAAAACCGGGAAACUACGGGGGAUGGAGAACGAGCCUUGCGGCGGCGUCCGCAGCCGAGGCGUGUAACGCAGCGCCUCGUUCGGUGCUACUGGUUUUAUGUGUUUUGAGAGGUGUUUUAGGUGAAAACACCAACCAUCCAAAACACUACAAAUUCCUUUUCACCCUUUGUUAAAAUAUUUGUUUAGAACAGUGGUCUUACAAAUUAGUGUAUUCGAGUGUAUUCAACACAAAUGGAUAAAAAGACGAUCUUUUUAACAGUUUAAAUUAGACUUGUAUUACAAAUAAAAGUCUAACCUUUUUAGCACACUAGAAUAGAGAAAAAUUCAAUCAUGAUGGCAAGUGUGCUUCUACACAAUACGAUCUUUUGUGGAUGAGAGGGAAAUGGAAUUUGAUAUUUUUCCAACAAUGUUGGUAGCUGUGUCGAACUUUAAAGGACCCGAGAAUAGAUCCAAGCUUUCCUUGAGACGUACCGGCAUAUUGAAAACAUGGAAACUAAUACCCAACUUUAUGAUGAUCUGAUUGAGCACCAACGACAAUU